AUGCCGAAGGUAGUUAGAGCAGCUGUGGGCCGUCAGAGUCGGUCGGGUCCUAUAUCAUUGGAGUCUGCUAUAAAGCGGGACACGGAGGUGCGGCGUAAGUCUCGGCAGAAGGUGCGGUUUGGAGGUGGUGUAGGGGGAGAGGAAGAGGACGAAGAGGGAAAUGCUGAAGAAGGUCGGUUGGAGGCUAACGGUCGGUUGGCGGCUAACGAUCGGUUGGCGGCGAAGGUAGAGGAGUUGAGUCGCGGUAUGGUGCUGGAUGAGGAGUAUGAAGGGUUGCUGGAAGUGACGGAAGAGUACCCACCAUUGGAUGCGACGUUAGAGACGGAUGAGUUUGCGUAUCCUGUGGAAGAGGACUUGAAUGCUGUUUUGGGUCCAUCAAGUUCUGUGAGGGUGGUUGGUAAUGAAGAUAGUACUGCUGGUAGUGAGUAUAGUGGUCGUACUAUUGGUGACUUAAUAUUUGCCAAGAUGCAGGAGAAGUCCCGUGCAGAGGCUGAGGCGGAGAAGAUGGCGUUGUUUAAUGAAAGUACGAAGAAGUUAUUUGCCGAUGUAGGUGAUUACAUGUCGCAUUACCGAGUGGGCAAGCUGCCUAAGGCGUUACGGUUUAUUCCGAAUCUCAAGAACUGGUUGGACGUAUUAUGGUUGACUCAGCCUGAGAGGUGGACACCUCAUGGUGUGGCGGCAGUCACACCCAUGUUUGUGAAUGGUGUCGGCGAGGGGGAUAGCCAGAAGUAUAUGUCCUAUGUCUUGUUGCCGGCAGUGCUCCAAGAUAUUCAAAAGUUUGACCGACUUAAUGUGCAUUUGUUCGAAGCACUUGGUAAAUGCCUGUACAAACCCGCGGCCUUCUUUAAAGCCAUCUAUUUCCCAGUCAUACUGGACUCCAAAUGCAACUACAAACAAGCCGUAAUACUUAACAGCGUCGUAGCCAAACAAAGCGUACCUGCUGUACAUGUCGCAGCCGCUCUAAUAAAACUUUGCAAACACGAACCACCUACCAACCAACUCUACUACUCCAUGCUACGCCUCAUCAACAAGAAAAAUAACCUACCCCUCGCAGCCGUACGCGUUGUCGCCGCCUACUUCAUCUCCUACAUGACCAAGACGGACCAAAUUCCACCUGUCAUCUGGCAACAAGCUUUCCUCGUUUUCGUACAACGAUGGAAGACGGAACUCAAUCACAACGAGUUAGAAGCCAUCAAGAAACUCAUCAAGGUUCAUCAUCAUACCAAAAUCACCAUGGAAAUCCGAAGAGAACUUAACUACCUAUCCCAUGACAACCAUCAAGACAUCGCCAUGACAUAA